GGAUCAGAUUCAAAAGGGUGUCCAGCCAGGUAGCGCCGCGCUAGAGAAAGAGCUUCCACGCCUUCCUUUCGGAGACAUACCAUCAGAGCUUCAACUUCAAGGGGCCACUUGCUUUUACCUGAGAGCAACCUCUCGCAGCAAUGGGCGGGGGCACCGUCCCUCCGGAAGACGGCCUGGGCGAGGAGCACCAGCGCACGAUUGCCUUCUUGUAUGGGGUGUGCGAUGCCGCGGCAUUCCCUAGAACAGGAGUCGACUUUAGCAAGCUGCGCGAAGACUACAGGCAGGUGGAUGAGGAACUCAAUGGGCUGCAGCACACCAAGUCGCUGGUCAGCAGCUUCGCUGAGCACAUUGAGAUCGUCCUCCAGAUGAAGCAGGCGGCCCAAAGGCAUCAGGAGCUGGAGCAGAGCACGCAGGAGCUGGUGGAGCGGUGCGACCGCCUGAGCGAGGGCCUGCGCAGCGUCGCCUCCCUUCUUCCCGCAGUGCUGCUGCAACACGCGCCGGGAGCCAGGCGCGCAAUGGACCUCGCAUGGAACCGGCUGCGCAGCCUGGGGACGCAGAUCCAGGGCACCGCCGCAGCCCACCGGGCCGUGGGGCAGGACUUACAAAGCUUGGCGGAACGCGCGCAGGCAGUCGUGAGGGAUCCCUCUAAAGCCGACAUCGGUGUCGCUGCGGCGCCAGCCAUGGGGGGCGGGGCUGGCGCGCUGGCCGUUCUCGUGCUACGAGGUGUGCUCGGCCCCUGGGCUCUUCCAGCAAGCGCGGUGGCGGGCGCUUUGGGGGCCGUGGGUGCGUCGGUGCUGUCGGAACAGACGUUACAUCCGGAAGCGCGCACUACAUUUGCUCUGCUGCAGAACAAGCUGGAGCUGAUGUCCGGGCUGGUCCGGAGCAAGGCGUCCGUUCUGGACGUCCUAGCGAGCAACCUGCAGGCCGCCGCGGGGCAGCUUAUGGCGGUGAACGACAUAGCGCUGGACGGGAGCGACGAUGCAUGCACCUUGUUGCAAGAAGGCGUCGCCGCGUGCGAGCUUUCGCUGAGGUCGGUUGAAAGCACGUGCGAAGUUUGCAAUUACACAUCCAGUGCGUUCAUGGCUGUCGUCGCCGAUUAGAUGAGAAGGCGGUGGCCAACCUUAAGAGGUUUUCUACUUGAAGCAGCUUCUAAAACUCAAAUGUACAUAUGUGGAAUACUAGAGAGGAGUCGAGCUUUCUUUGACCAACCUGCCAGCUCUAGUGAGAAACUCUGUGCGAGUCCGAGUCAGUAUGGGUACUGAUCGACAAAUUUAUAUUAGAUAGAAACUGGCAGAAAGCUUGGAAGAGAUAGUAUUGGUGACGGAGAUCCUGCUCCUCAUGUAAUAUGGAACCUAUGGCGACUUUAAUAUCACUGUCCAUCGAGGGGAUGUCAUCCAAGCGUGCGUUUUGAGCAUACGUUGUGCCCUUGUAAAAAGAAGCUGUAAGCCGGGC